UGUGCGCUCUGACGCUUUAUACCUCGCCAACUAAAUGGCAGGGCUGGAAAGUUGGGCCAAUUCUCAUUUGACUUUUUUUUAUCCCCAUGCUGAUUUGUGAGUCACCGGGGCUUGAUCAAGACCCAGGCACAUAAAACCCAUUACGUUAAUGAACAAAAAUGCGCAGGAAACAGUCACGCUAUUCUCCCCCUCCCAAAGCAGAGUCACCAAAAAAUUUUAAACGCAUAAAAACAUCAGUCAUCCCUAACACUUUUCAAGCUAUUCUUAUAGGGUCACUUACAAACUUACUUAUCCACCAAGUCCCUUAUCUCUUUUGUGGGAGCCGAAUGAACUCCAACAAGCGCAAGCACUCGCCGGAUCCUGACCCCAACUGCCCAACCAUCGCCGCCAUCCCUACUCCCACUCUCACUCCCACUCCAACUCCCACUAUGGCCCCUCGCUUUAGCGUCCACCCGCUUUCCAAAUACCGACUGGCGUUCCCGACUUUUGCCGAGCCCAAAGAGCUCACGAGCUUCAGUUACGACGACCAACGCACGCAGCACAUGGACGACCGCUCACUCAAGUAUUACCACCCACCGUCGCUCUCCCCGCCGCCCAGCCUCUUCCAGGGCAAACACCGCCAGAUCAAACGCGACACCACCAUCAAUGAACACAUCCACGGGCUGCUAAAUGCGCUCCAAACAUUACCUGACAAACAGCACCAGCAGGACAUAUCUGCGGACUUUGUCAUGUACCGUGGUAUGAUAACAAGGCUGUUCACUACACCAUAUAGCCUGCGUGACUCCUGGUCAAUGAAUGCAGAGCGUGCAGCUGAUGGAAGUGGCACAAUCUAUAUUGAGGAUAAUCUCAGCCCUGAGGACCUAAAGGCCAAAUCCGAGCCGAUCUCGGAGAUGCACGAGAACCUUAUGUACAGCGGAUACAAGUUCGAAACCCUCUGCGUACUCGACAAGCUGCCGCCACCCAGCACACAGCAGCUUGAGGAGAGACUCGAUGCUGUGGUGAACACUAACAGCGAAUACUGUUCGGUGUUUCGAACGAAACUUGGCUCUCACAGUAUAAUUUCUGGUGCCGAAAUCGAUUGCAUCGAUGGCAUCAAGCCAGCAGAGUUUCCCUCCAGGCAGUAUCGCGAGCUCAAAACCGCCAAUAUGCUGGAUACUCGGAGAAAAACAGAGUCCUUUGAGCGCUUCAAGUUGCUCAAGUUCUGGGCUCAGUCUUUCAUUGCUGGCAUCCCCGUGGUCACUGUUGGGUUUCGUGACCAAGACGGUGUUCUGCAAGCGCUAGAGGAUAUCAGAACCAGGGAGAUGCCGCGCAGAGUCCGCGGGAAACCAAACAUGUGGGAGCCUGCUGUGUGCAUGAAUUUUGCUGACCAAAUUCUACACUUCAUUAAAAUGCACGUGAGUGAGCCCAGCCCCACACAAUACCGUAUUGCGUACGAUGCGCGGUCCCAAGAAGUCCAAAUAACCAGGCUCGAAAACCAGCCGUCAUUCAUAUCGCUCUCUCAAAAACACCAACAACUUUAAUCAACAAAUUACAU